AUGGCAAAACAUGUGGUUAACCAACUAAAAUGAAAAUGGCGCUACCAAUCCAAUCUUCUUCCUUCGCCACGAAACCCUUUGGUCUCGUCCAUAAUUCUCUCCUUCUUCUCCCCACCAGAACAAGAUUUGUCAUCAAAUCGCAAAACCCACCAGAGGCUCAAAACCCCCCGGUCAAUGGCGAGUCCACCGACGAAUCCUCCCCCGUUCUGGUCCCACCUGAGAAACCCAGUUCAUCUGGGCUUGGAUUUGGCUCCUCUUCGUCUUCAUCCACCAAAUCUGCUGCAACUACCGGGGGUACCGAGAAGAAGCAGAAGAAGGGAAGAGAGCGGGCAUCUGUAAUUCGCCGGUCGCCGAUGGCAAGACCUGCUUUUGCGUCUCAGCAGGAAGAGGGUCAAUCCAAGGAACUGGGAAGGAAUGAGAGCACUUUUCUUCUGGCUUGGUUAGGCCUCGGAUCGAUUAUUCUCGUCGAGGGCAUUGUUCUUGCAGCUUCAGGCUUCCUACCAGAAGAGUGGGAUAAAUUCUUCGUGAAGUAUCUCUACCCAUCUUUCACUCCAACAGUCAUCUUGUUUCUUGCUGGAACAGUUGUAUAUGGAGUGUCGAAGUACUUGCAGAAUGAAAAACUUAAAGGACAAAAGUAAUCUUUGAAUCUAAACUGACAUUUCAGGGUUGAUUGAGGAAGUAAUGGGUAGAACUUCGAGUAAUCAUGGAUUAGUACGUUCACACUCUUACACCUAAUGCUUUCCAUGCUGAACAGACAGAAAUAUCACUGAGAUUGGAUGACUAAGUUGCCGUGGCUAGUUUUACAAAAGGGAACGAGACUUGCCGUCUUCUGGAUCAUUACAAGGGGGCAAGAAAAAUAAAUGCCAAGCUGGAGUGGCUGUGUGAUGUAUCUAAAUAUGUUUUCUAUUAUUCAAUCUAACACUUCAUAUUUGGUUCAUGCAAUCUAGAAUUACUUAUUUUUGGUCAAA